GUAGAUGGGGAGAGAUAUAUUUAGGGUUUAGAAACAAGCAUGAUGAUCACACGCAGCAAAAAGAAUAAAACCACCUUUACCACUAAUCCACAAACCUCAAGCAGCUUUGAUGGACUCCCUCUAGACUUGGUGAUUGAGAUUCUUGGGAGAUUUCCUAUAAAAUCGAUAGCUAGGUUUCUUCUAGUAUCCAAGUUAUGGGCUACCAUCAUCCACAGUCGAGAUUUUAUUGAAUCUUUUCCCCUUGGUUCUUGUUCUUCUCAACCUCGUUUCCUAAUCGCUUUCAGUGGUCUAGAUAUAAAGAAAGGAACGCAUUACGCAAAAGAAGAUUGGUACUUCUUCUCGUCGUCUUUCCUCUCGCGCUCAUCAUGUCCAUUACCACCUGUGUACCAUUCGCAUUACGUUAAAGGACUAUUAUGCAUCGGAAGUGGUCGAGAACAAUUCACAGUUAACCCCACCAGUGGUAAGUCCAUAGCUUUACCUAGAGUCAGAACCAGAAGAAGGACCACAAAAAGUUUUUUUGGAUAUGAUCAAGUUAAUGAUGAGUAUAAAGUAUUGUGCAUGACGGAAGCACUAAGUGGUCUUCAUGCUGAAGGACCUUCGUCUCAGCAUCAAGUAUUCACAUUAGGAGCUAAGAAAAAAUCAUGGAGAAUGGUAGAAUGUACCAUUCCUCACCGUCCUUGUUCUAGCGGUGUGUGCAUAGAUGGUUUUAUAUAUUAUGCUGCUAAAACGGGUUCGCAACGCAGCUUAAUGAGAUUUGAUUCGAGGUCUGAAGAGUUUCAUCUUAUUACUAGAGUACCCACAGAGAUUGUACUAUCUAAGGAUCAAUAUAGUCAGGAUAUGAUUAUAAACUACCAAGGGAAAGUAGCAAUACCCACCAAAACAUCAACAUACACGUUUGAUGUGUGGGUUAUGGUUCAAAAUGCUGAAGAACGUAAAUGGUUGAAGAAACUUACCUUCAGUGUUGAACCUUGGAAGAGUUCAUGUAGGUUUAUAUACUUCAAAGGCAUCACUCAGACGGGUGAGUUUAUUAUGGCACCAUACUGCUACGACUCUGAAAAUGUUUAUGUUGCCCUUUACAACCACUACACUGAUACCUUAAGAAAAAUUAAGGUCCAAGUAAGCGCAGACUUUAACUUCAAGCCUAAUCUGCCUGGAAUUUUCUUUUCAGAUUACAUAGAGUGUGUUCGGUUUUUGUAG